AUGUCGUUUAGACCUGUGACGCUGAAGCUGGAGAAAGUGUACAUCGGCUGUGUCCUCGUGUCGAAGAAGCGGUACGUUGGCAACAAGUUUGAGGCACCAACACAAGAAACGGGUGUUAUCGAGUCAAAAGGGAUUGAGACGGUUCGACGUGACUCUUGCAAAGUGGUUCAACACGCGAUGCAAGUUUCUCUGGAGACACUUUUCGCAUCGUGUGACCUGUCCAAGGUGAAGCAAACCCUGGAGAAAUACUGGCAACAGAUCUUGGAGCACCGCGUGCCACUCAAAGAUUUCAUUUUCGCGAAAGAAGUUCGCUUAGGGACGUACAGCAAUGGAAGUGCUCCCCCUGCAGCGCUUGUCAGUAUGAUGGCCAUGGAAAAGGAUCCUCGGGCAGAGCCACGGUAUGCAGAACGGGUGCCCUAUGUUGUAGUUAAUGGGCCUCCCGGUGCACGGCUCAUGGACUUGGUCGUGUCACCUGAUGAGUACUUUGACAAGCGAAAACGGCACAGCAUCAACUACCACUACUACAUCAACAAACAGAUCAUUCCGAGCCUCGAGCGACUUUUUCUGCUGACUGGAGCCAACAUUCGCUUGUGGUAUGCAACCUUACCUCGGUCGUCUGUGAAAGCUCGCCAAUUCGACAAUGCCACACCAACCCGCCGAUCAAGUCGCGGCUGUCGGUCCAUUGACUCGUUUUACAAAAGUAAACACUGUCGGCUGUGCGGGUCACUUGGCAUUGACACGUUGUGUGCAAAUUGCAUUGCGAAUCCGCAGCGAAGUCUGCUAGCAAUCCACACGGCGGCUACUCGACACGAGAAGGCCGUCAUGACUCUCGAAUUUGCAUGUACAGCAUGUGCAGACCGCGAUGCGUUCACGAGCUGUAACAACGUCUCAUGUCGCGUGUGGAACCACAUCAAGCUUUUUGAGACAGACAAGUCCACUCUAUCGUAUCAGGAAUGA